AUGAUCCUCAAGGCCAGCGACGUUGUGGGGAUGGAGCUGGACUCUCUGACGGAGAGGUGUCAGAAAGCAGGAUGCUGUCUAAGCUGCAUGUCCUCUUGGAGAAUGUCUCCCACCUCCUCCACGACGUGCUGCUCCACCUCCUCCCUCCUUCAAAACCUCAGACUCUGCAGAAAACCACACAGCAGCUCCAGCCCAGCUGUCAAUCAUCAGUCAGCAGCAGGGGCUGAUGGGAGUUCUGAGGACCUGUUAGAAACCGCCCGGCUCAGUCUGACCCCGCAGCUCGUCCUGGUUUGUCCUCACUUCUCGUCAGGUUCACCAGAGGAAAACAACAAAAUGUUUCUCCUCCCUGCUGUGGCUCUGUGCUGUGUGAGCUCAGCGCUGGCUGCCAUGACAACAGAGCUCAAACAGGACAGUUUGUCACUGACCAGGAGAGUUGGAGAAAACGUCUCUUUCAGAUGUGAACGUUUAGACCAGUGUGAUUAUGAUUAUGUGUUCUGGUACCAGAAAAAAGACAAUGAAACAUUCACAAGGAUUCUGAGGAUUGAUAAGAGUGAUGGUAAAGUGAACAAAGAUGUUUUCAAUCAUCCUCAGAAAGAUGAUUUCUCAGCUGUGAUCAAACAGAACGGCGUUGAGCUGCAGAUCCAGAAGGUUAAUUCCUCUCAUUCAGCCACAUACUACUGCUCCUGUUGGAAAAGCGUUAACCCCCACAGUGAGAAAUGGUUCAUGAUUUGUGUAGUUCACCAGCAGACAGGUUUUUGUAUCACGUCUUUUCACUGUGGAGGGGUUAUCCUGAUCUUUGGCUCUGGAACUAGACUCUUUGUUUCAGACGAGGAGCAGGUGGUGAAGCCCGUGGUGAGCGUGUACCCGGCAGCAUCCAGAGGCCGGCUGGAGGAGAAGAGCUCCCUGCUGUGUGUGGCCUCAGCCAUGUUUCCUCCUGUGGUCAGAAUCUCCUGGACACGACAAACGGAGUGCGGAGAUUUAGAGGAGCUGCCCUCUGCUGACGGACAGCAGCUGGAGCUCAGAGAGUCUGGAUGUACUGCCUCCGUCUUACAGAUCUAUCAGACAAAGUUCAGCUAUGAAUACAGCUGCUACGUGCAGCACGAGGGGGGAACAGUGGAGGCUCGGAUAGAUACAGUUAAUGAAGCGGAUCCCUCUGUCCCGUCUCCAUACAAGGUGAAGCUGCUCUUGCUGCUCUACACAGUGCUGACAGUGAAGAGUCUGGUGUACUGCUGUGGACUCUUCCUGCUGACCGUCCUCAGGAACAUCUCAUAAAUGUAUCUCCUUUAUCGCUUAGAUGAAUUUAAAAAUGUCAAUCAUGACUAAAUAUAUGCAAUUAAGAUCAAACUACAUUUUGCAGCAGUGUAAAACAAAUCCUAUAUUAUAUACAGUAAAUGUUAUUUUUUUGUAUAAUACUUUAACAAAUGAUGCGCAAUGUUUAGAGCUAUUAGCGGCUAUGAUGCUUUCUUAAUUAAUCAGGCCCUCAGUCUCUCGUAACAAGCUCUCUUUAUAGUUUCACACACCGCAGAGAAUAAAAUGACCAAGAAGAUAUGAAUACAAGCACACACAUAAACCAGGAACAAAAAGCUCACAAAGAAAAGUAAACUUGUAAAGAUUCAGUGUGUUGAUUUGUCUGCAGGUUCACUGUUGACCCUUUUUAAACGGUGGUGUCAGUGUUGAUGUAGAGCUCUACGCUGAUGAUACUCUUGUUUACAUGUAGAAACAACACAUGACAUAGCAGCUUCAUCAGUGGAGAGCUGAAGCUGAAUGAUACACAAAACAUGCUGUGUGUUUUUCUUAUUUUAUUUUCUCGUUUAUGGAGGAUUUAAAAUGUUUUUGUUUUGGUAUGGACUUUACAUAGAUUGCUUUUUUUCUGCUAAAUUACAAUAAAAUGUUUUUAACAAAUCAAUACAGAAUCACAAAUUUAGGCAGAAGUUACUAAAGAUCUCAUGUAUUUAAAAUAUAGUGAUUUUACAUUUUAGCUAGUUCACAGUGCGCAUGUAAAAAUGUUAGUUUUUUUAAACUAAAUGCAAUAAAAAAUUAAAAAUGUAUGUUGAACUGACGAGCUGAAAGAAUAAAGUCGUCUGCAUAUAAUAAACAUUGUUGUGUCGUUUCUAUAAUUAACAACACAAUGUUUUGAUUUAAAAUGAAUCCUGAACAAAGCGUUCCCUUUACCUUCUGCGCCCGACUUUAUACUUUAUUAGUUUUCAGUGCAUGCUGC